AUGAUGUCCCCACUCGAUAUCAAAAUCGAAGAUGCCCCAAGCGAAGCCGACCAGAUCGAGGUCAAACUCGAAGAUGAACCACUCUGGAACAAAUUUUCCAACUUGACGAACGAAAUGAUCGUAACCAAAAAUGGCCGACGAAUGUUCCCAGUAAUGAAGGUCCGAACAAAGGGCUUGGACGAAAAUGCCAUGUAUACCGUCCUUCUCGACUUCACCGCAGCAGACAAUCACCGCUGGAAGUACGUCAACGGCGAAUGGGUCCCCGGCGGAAAACCCGAACCACAGGUUCCCUCCUGCGUUUACAUGCACCCCGACUCGCCAAACUUUGGCUCGCACUGGAUGAAGCAGCCCCUUAGCUUCUCAAAAGUCAAGCUCACGAACAAACUCAACCAGCACAACGGCCAGCAGAUCAUGCUCCACUCGCUUCACAAAUACGAGCCUCGAGUUCACAUAAUCAAAAUCGGCGGAACCGCUGGAGCGCAAGAAUUCGUCAAGACCCAGCCCUUUCCGAUGACUCGAUUCAUCGCUGUCACCGCCUACCAGAACGAAGAGAUCACUUCACUCAAGAUCCGACACAACCCCUUCGCCAAGGCCUUCCUCGACGCUGAGCAGCGUAAACAGAACGAUUACCUCCCAAUCUCUGGCAGCAGUAGUUACAGCAACAAUGGCCGUAGCGCUGCCCAGAACAACCGUCGAAAGCGAGCUGAGAACCGUACUCAGCCGUACAAACGACCAGUUCCCGUUGCCAAAUCAGAGCCAGUGAGCUCGAUCGACUUCAGCUCGCAGAACAUGAUGCCAAGCUACAGUCAAUCAAUGGGUAUCCCGAUUCAAGCACCUGUGAGAACCUUCUCGCCCGAUGGAUCCACCGUGCUUGGUGAUCCCAUGCUGCCUGCACAUGAAAGUGGCUCGCCGCCGCUCAGCAUGCCGCCAAUGAACGACUGGUGUCAGAACGGAUAUUACAGUACUGGAUUGGAAGACUCCUCCCCAGGCAGCGCUGUUUCCUUUGCCAGCGAUCAGUCUAGCUCUGGUCUGCCCGGAAUCGAUCAAUUCUACUGCGGCGGCGGAUAUGGAAAUGCUUUCGACGCCAUGUAUGGAAGCGGAGGAAAUCCAGAUCCAAACUCAGCCCUCACCUGGGGACCUGAUCCGAAUGGCUCGCCAGACUCAAGCUACUGGUCCGAUCCAACAAGUAUGACUGUAGGAGGCCUCGGCGCAUUAGAAUUUACAAUGUAA